AUGGUUAUAAAUGCAUGGGGCCGUCAAAGCCAAUCAUCCACAAAAAUGUUGGGAGAGGUUGAAGACCCUGCGGCUGUUGUAUUUGAUGGUGGCUCCAGAUACUUCAAAGUGGGGUAUGGUGGAGAACAGGCCCCCCGAUUUGUUUUCCCAUGUGUGGUUGGGCGCUACAAAAGACAGAGUGUGAUGCGUGGAAUGUACGCGAGGGAUACUUUCAUUGGAAAUGAAGUCACCAAGAAGUGGGGAAAGCUCACAGUGAAAUAUCCCAUUGAAUGUGGAAUUGUCACCAACUGGGAAGACAUGGAGAAGAUCUGGCAUCACGCUUACUACAAUAUGCUCCACAUAGACCCAGAAGAACAUCCCCUCCUGAUGACAGAGAGCAUCACCAACCCAAAGGCCAACAAAGAGAAAUUAAUACAGAUCAUGUUUGAAACCUUUAAAAUUCCAGCCUUGUACGUAGCAAUCCAGGACAUUCUGUCCCUUUUCUCUUCAGGCCGGACCACUGGACUCGUGGUGCAUUCUGGGGAUGAAGUGACCUACAGUGUCCCCAUCGAAGAUGGCUACAUCUCAUUUGACGCCAUCACCAACAUGGAGGUGUCCGGCCGGGACCUCUCUACGUACCUUACGAAGAUUCUCGUGGACAAAGGCUACUCCCUGAAGACCCUGGCUGAAUGGGAAAUGGUCAGAACCAUGAAGGAGAAAUUUUGCUACGUGGCUUUGGACUACAUAGAGGAGAUGCAUACUCCAGAAGCCUCCAUACAGAAGGAAUAUGAGCUCCCUGAUGGCAGAAUAAUUACCAUGGGCAGGGAGAGGUUCCGCUGUCCUGAGGCCUUGUUUGAACCAUCCAGGUUAGGGGUCACAUCUCCAGGUCUUCAUAAAAACAUACAUGAGAGCCUUAUGAAAUGUGAUUUUGAAAUAAGGAAGACCUUUUACGUGAACACUAUCCUUUGCGGAGGCAACAUGUUAUUCCCAGGCAUGAAUGAACGUGUGACAAAGGAAAUCAAGGCCCAGGCGCCCCAGAUGACUAAGAUUAAGGUGAUCGUGCCGACAGAAUGCCGCUUCUGUUCCUGGUUGGGUGGCUCCAUCCUGACCACUCUGAAUUCUUUUCAACACAUGUGGAUCUAUGCUUAUGAAUAUGAGGACUAUGGCCCUUCUAUCAUCCAUCGUCGAUGCUUCUGA